AUGUCCCACGUCCCACCAACCCAGUCCAUUCCCAAACCAGAGGAACCUAAAGAACCACAACAGUCUCCUCAGCAACCUCAGUUCCAGCAAGUACCUCCGAAUUUCUACCAAUUUCCACCUCAAGGUUACUACCCACCACAAGGCUUCCCGAACUACCCUCCUCUGCCUAUGCCUUACUUCCCCAACCCUUGGAUGUUCCAGCAAGCUCCACCCCAGCAAUUCCAAUCUCAAUCCAAAUCGAAGAGAGACCAAGAGUUCGAAGAAGGUCUGAACCGUUUACGCAAAGAGUAUGCUACAGCUCCAAUUGAGAGAAAGUUGUUCCCGGACCAAAAAUAUAAUUUAGGUGAAGAGGUUAGAUCUAACACGUUUUCUAACACGUUUUCUAACCUCAUGAAUUUUCAUGACUUCUUCGUAAAUGUUUUGUCAUGA